AUGCAAGUUGCCGCUGCAGAAACGACGGUCGACCCAGCGGCGGCAGAUGCCUCGAGCUUGUUUCGCAGUCAUGCCGUCUCCCUUGUCGGCAGCGCGAUGGCCGUGAUGGCCUCGGUGAGCAUCACGUUGGCGUAUAUGACGAUCUUGGACUCGUACGUGCACAACAACUAUUUCUGGACACACUACAUCGAGAUAGGGGCCCAAUCGUGCCUUGCCGACGCAUUCAACGCCCAGCUGGGGCAGCGGUGCCGGGUUGUCCCCUUGGUCUCUGUUGAUGUCGCUUUAGCCAAGGACUACUCCACACAUCCACAACAACUCCAGCGUCGCGGAACCGUCAAAUUGCCCGCCUGA